AUGGCCGUGCUCACUUAUAUUCUCAUCAUACAACUAUUAAACUUUGCAUUCGGAAAACAAUGUGCGAUAGAUAACACCCCAGAAUAUAUGAAGAACGAGAAACAACUUUUGGAGGAUCUACAAUGUGGAUACAGUGCUCAUCAUCCACCUACUGCGAACACAACGGUCAAACUCACAUUUUUCAUGAGGUAUUUCAACUUCGAUAGUGAGGAAGAAGUCUUCUCCGUACAGAAUUGGAUACACCUGGAUUGGCAAGACGACAGACUCAAGUGGGACCCUGCGAAAUAUCACGGCUUAACAGAGACUGAUGUGACUUACUUCGAUAUCUGGCUUCCAAGCAUAGCAUUGAUGAACGAAGAAGAUUUUCUGAACCUUGAAAUCUAUAGCUUCUAUAGAUGUCUUUUGAAGAGUACUGGAGCCGUCCAAUGUAAGCACUGGAUCGUCCAUGAAGCUUGGUGCAGCGUCAAACUCACAGACUGGCCGUAUGAUGUCCAAGAAUGCAGUUUGGAGUUCGAAGGCAUAUCUCCUCAUACGGAAAAUUUUACCAUGGUCUUAGACAGUUUCAAGUUUCAGAUUUCUGCGAUAGAAAGCGCUGGAUGGCACGUUCAGCAAUUCAAGCAAAUAGCGAAUAAUACGGGUAAAUCGAAAAUAACGUUGAUUUAUGUUGUAGUGCGUGAAGCCGCUGGAUUGUCAGCUAUUGUUAUUUCUCCUGCAUUUGUGUUAACUGUUUUAACUAUCUUAUCAUUGUUCUUAGAUGUGAGAGAAAAAGUACGUUUAGCUAUACUUUCGUUUAGCACAGUUGGUCAUUAUUACUUUUUAACGGAGUUAGCAUCGAAAUUGCCUAAAGAAUGUCACUAUCCACCGACGUUGCUUUACUAUUAUCGUGGUUCACUUGUUAUAAGUAUAGUUAUUAUUCUACUGACUGUGUUAUUAGAAAACUUGUGUAAGUUCAAUUCGCCACAUGAUUAUAUAAAGUUAAUAAAUGAUUUUAUAUAUGAAUUUAGGUUUAGUAAAUAUAUAGUGUUUCCACAAUGGGAUAUUGACAAUAAUAGCAAGAAUUCUAAUGAAGAUUGGGUAAAGUUUUCCAGUUUAGUGAAUAGUGUUUUUACAUACGUUAUUGUUUUCACGUAUUUUGGUUUAUAUAGUGCAUUAGUACCUAAAGACUAUAAUUUGUAA